CAGGAAGUUGAGGCGUCCGUGGAGGUUGGAUGCUCUUGUGCCUUUGCUGUUUUCUAUGAGUUGGGGAGAAAGCGUUGAACUGAGUAGUAGUGGCUGUUUGGCCUCUUUGCCAGUGCUUUUGAUAUUUGAUGAUACUGCCCCCAUUUUAUAGAUGAAGAAAACUACUUCAGGACCUAGAAGUCCAGAAUGAACCCUUGUCCCUUGCAGAGAUCACUGCAGGAGCCAUGAAGUGCUUUGUGCGUCUCCACCUGCCCAUCAGGCCCCUGACUACCUACCCUACCAUUCACAGUGCCCCUCUAUAAGGAAAGGGGAGGUCACUCUUUGAAGAGAAAGCGGUUCCUAGGGGCAGGAGUUAGGUGAGAAUACUUGGUCUAAGUGAUCAGAACGGAGACUACUUCUGUGACAGCACUUUGACAGGAACUAUGUCUCCUCCCAGGAUAAGGGAGGGGAGGGAUCACCGAGAUCGAGGCCACCGUCGAGCUCCCAGGGAGGAAGAGGCCCCAGAGAAAUGGGACUGGAAUUGUCCAGAGACUCGUUGCCUCUUGGAAGAUGUAUUCUUCCGCGAUGAGGAUUAUAUCCGUCGUGGUUCAGAGGAGUGUCAGAAGUUCUGGGCUUUCUUUGAACGCCUGCAGAGAUUCCAGCACCUCAAGACCUCCCAGAAGGAGGAGAAGGACCCUGGGCGUCCCAAACAGGUCGUUGCUGGUUUGGCUGACCUACCUCGCACUUAUGAUCCACGCUACCGCAUCAACCUCUCCAUUCUUAGCCCAGAUACUCGGGGUCGUCAUAGGUCCGGCAGGGGGCUUCCCCCCGAGAGAGUGUCAGAGUUCCGUCGUGCACUGCUACACUACCUAGACUUCCAGCAGAAGCAAGCUUUUGGGAGGCUCGCCAAACUGCAGCAUGAGCGUGCGGCGCUUCCGAUCGCCCAGUACGGGAAUCGCAUCCUGCAGACUCUCAAGGAACACCAGGUGGUGGUGGUGGCCGGGGACACAGGCUGCGGCAAGUCCACUCAGGUGCCCCAGUACUUACUGGCUGCCGGCUUCAGUCACAUGGCUUGCACUCAGCCCCGGAGAAUCGCCUGCAUCUCACUGGCCAAGCGCGUUGGCUUCGAGAGCCUCAGUCAGUAUGGCUCCCAGGUUGGCUACCAGAUCCGCUUUGAAAGCACUCGGUCAGCAGCCACCAAGAUCGUGUUCCUGACGGUGGGGCUGCUCCUACGCCAGAUCCAGCGGGAGCCCAGCCUGCCCCAGUACCAGGUCCUGAUUGUGGAUGAGGUCCAUGAGCGACACCUGCACAAUGACUUCCUGCUGGGCGUCCUGCAGCGUCUGCUGCCCCAGCGGCCUGACCUCAAGGUCAUCCUCAUGUCGGCCACCAUCAACAUCUCUCUCUUCUCGAGCUACUUCAGCCAUGCUCCUGUGGUGCAGGUGCCUGGGAGGCUCUUCCCCAUCACGGUGGUAUACCAGCCGCAGGAGGCAGAGCAGACCGCAUCCAAGUCAGAGAAGCUGGACCCACGGCCUUUCCUGAGGGUGCUGGAGGCCAUCGACAAUAAGUAUCCCCCCGAAGAGCGGGGGGACCUCCUUGUCUUCCUCAGUGGCAUGGCAGAGAUCAGCACGGUGCUAGACGCUGCCCAGGCUUAUGCCAGCCUCACCCAGCGCUGGGUGGUGCUGCCGCUGCACAGCGCCCUCUCUGUAGCAGACCAGGACAAGGUGUUCGACGUGGCUCCAGCUGGAGUGCGGAAGUGCAUCCUGUCCACCAACAUUGCGGAGACCUCAGUCACCAUCGAUGGCAUCCGCUUCGUGGUAGAUUCUGGGAAGGUGAAGGAAAUGAGCUACGACCCGCAGGCCAAACUGCAGCGGCUACAGGAAUUCUGGAUCAGCCAGGCCAGUGCCGAGCAGCGCAAGGGCCGAGCGGGCCGCACGGGCCCAGGUGUCUGCUACCGCCUCUAUGCCGAGUCUGACUAUGAUGCCUUUGCCCCGUACCCAGUCCCGGAAAUUCGCAGGGUGGCCCUGGAUGCACUGGUGCUUCAGAUGAAGAGUAUGAGUGUGGGGGACCCACGCACCUUCCCCUUCAUCGAGCCCCCUCCACCUGCCAGCGUGGAAACUGCUAUCCUCUAUCUCCAAGACCAGGGGGCCCUGGACAGCUCGGAGGCCCUCACCCCCAUCGGGUCCCUGCUGGCCCAGCUGCCUGUAGAUGUUGUGAUUGGGAAGAUGCUGAUCCUGGGCUCCAUGUUCAGCCUGGCAGAGCCUGUGCUCACCAUCACUGCCGCCCUUAGCGUCCAGUCGCCAUUCACCCGCAGUGCCCAGAGCAACCUGGACUGUGCCACUGCCCGGAGGCCGCUGGAAAGUGACCAGGGUGACCCCUUCACGCUCUUCAAUGUCUUCAAUGCCUGGGUGCAGGUGAAGUCUGAGCGGAGUGGAAACUCUCGCAAGUGGUGCCGCCGCCGGGGCGUGGAGGAGCAUCGGCUGUACGAGAUGGCCAACCUGCGGCGCCAGUUCAAGGAGCUGUUGGAGGAUCACGGGUUGCUGAGUGGGGCCCAGGCAGUGGCCCCAGGGGACAGCUACAGUCGGCUGCAGCAUCGCCGAGAGCGCAGGGCCCUGUACCAGCUGAAGCGGCAGCAUGAGGAGGGUGGGGGACGCAGGCGCAAGGUGCUGAGGCUGCAGGAGGAUGGCUGCUCCAGCGACGAGGACCAUGAGGGCUCUGCCUCCCAGCGGGCUGACAGCGUUGACAUCCAGGAUGUGAAAUUCAAGCUUCGGCACAACCUGGAGCAGCUACAGGCAGCUGCCAGCUCAGCCCAGGACCUGAGCAAAGACCAGCUGGCCCUACUCAAGCUGGUGCUUGGGCGGGGCCUGUACCCACAGCUGGCUGUGCCCGAUGCAUUCAACAGUGGCCGAAAGGACUCGGACCAGGUUUUCCACACGCAGGCCAAGCAGGGCACCGUGCUGCACCCCACCUGUGUCUUUGCCAACAGCCCUGAGGUAUUGCACACACAGGGGCAGGAGGCCUCAGGCCGAGAAGGGAGCCAAGAUGACAAGGACCAAAUGAGCUGCAAGCACCAGCUGCUGGCCUUCGUCUCUCUACUGGAGACCAACAAGCCAUACCUGGUGAACUGUGUCCGCAUCCCAGCCCUCCAGUCCCUCCUGCUGUUCAGCCGCUCCAUUGACACCAAUGGUGACUGCUCCCGCCUAGUGGCUGACGGUUGGUUGGAGCUGCAGCUCGCAGAUAGGGAGAGCGCUGUCCAGCUCCUGGCAGCAUCCCUGCGGCUCCGUGCCCACUGGGAAAGUGCACUGGACCGGCAGCUGGCCCACCAGGCCCAGCGACGGAAGCUAGAACAGGAAGAAGACAUGGGGUCUCCAGCAGUCAGCCCCCAGGAGGUGGCUGCUCUGAGCAGGGAGCUGCUGCAGUUCAUGGCGGCCAAGGUUCCCUAUCGCCUCCGAAGACUCACUGGUCUAGAAGCCCAGAACCUCUAUGUGGGACCCCAGACAAUCACGACCGCCCCUAGUCUGCCUGGCCUCUUUGGAAGUUCUGCCUUGUCCCCACACCCCACCAAGGGGGGCUACACUGUCUCUGAUUAUCUCACCUACAACUGCCUCACGAGUGACACUGACCUGUACAGUGACUGUCUGCGUUCCUUCUGGACCUGCCCACACUGCGGACUGCACAUGCCGUUCACACCCCUGGAGCGCAUUGCUCAUGAGAACACCUGCCCUGAGGCACCGAGCGAUGGUGCAGGGUCUGAGGAGGCUGCUCCUGCACCACCACAGAAGACAUCGGCCCUGCAGAGGCCCUACCACUGCCAGGUGUGCAGGCAGGACUUCCUCUUCACUCCCACCGAGGUGCUAAGACAUCGAAGACAGCACAUGUGAACCAGCACUGCAUGGCCAGAGCUCCCCAGAGUACCCCAAAUGGGGGGGGGGGGCAGCGGUGUAUCUGUGUAAAUAAAGUCAGACUUUGCUUCA